AUGCGGGAAGUCUUGUCAUUAUGUCUACUGGUACCUAUUGUUUAUGCGGUUAUUCCGGAAAGAUAUGCUGUUCCGCCAGAAUUGCCGCCUCUUAAUGAUGAGAACUUUGUAAGCGUUUUUUGUUUUUUCUACAGAUUUUUCUGACUCACAAAUUAUGUUUAGUUUGACCGCUCACAAUCAGAAUAUGAAACGGUUUUGACGCCCGAAGAUUUUGAAUUAGGAUCUAGAAUUUCGGCAGCUAUGGCUCAUGAUACUGGAGAUGUUUGGGAUUCGGAUGCGAUGUACAGCAAAGAUCGAUUUGAAGGAGAUAUUGCCAAUGAAAAUGUGAGCUCGAAAUAUUCUAAUUUUGAAAUACUUGGGAUUUGAAAAAGUUAAAAUUGUUUACCUUUUCAGCUCAACGCAUCUACAAUUGAUCUUUUCGUGAAUGGUGGAUCUUCAGGUAAUGGAGAUGGUAAAUGGUAUAACGCUAUUAAAAAUCGUCUUCAACUUUGGCCAAAUGGCAGAAUCCCAUAUACAAUCUCAUCACAGUACAGCAGUUACAGGUAUGAAAUUAAUAAAUUACAAGAAUCCUAAAAUUCGAAAGCUAAUAUUUUUCAGUCGUUCAUUGAUCGCUGCUUCUAUGCAAGAUUACGCCACUCAUACUUGUAUCCAAUGGGUUCCAAAAGAAGGCAGUGAUUCAAACUACGUUCAUAUUUACCCAGACAGAGGGUGCUAUUCAAUGGUUGGAAAAAUGGGAGGCAAACAAUCACUUUCCCUUGGAUCAGGAUGUAUUCAAAAAGGAAUUAUUCUCCACGAAUUGAUGCACGCCGUUGGUUUCUUCCAUGAACAAAGUAGAACUGAUCGUGAUGAUCAUAUUACCAUUAUGUGGAAUAAUAUUCAAUCAGGAAUGCAAGGACAAUUUGAGAAAUAUGGAACUGGAACAAUUCAGGCUCUUGGAACAUCCUAUGAUUAUGGAUCAAUUAUGCAUUAUGGAACAAAAGCGUUCUCAAGAAAUGGUCAACCAACUAUGAUUCCAAAGAAAGCUGGAGCUCAAAUUGGACAACGUAAUGGAUUCUCAAAAGUUGACAAGUUCAAGAUCAAUACUCUUUAUGGUUGUCCAGUCGAAGGAGAAAAACCAACAACAGCAGCUCCAGUUACCGCCGCUCCUGUUGUCACUCAAAAACCAAUCACCAUUGUUAUCUCAACAGCUAAACCAGUAGCACCAAUCGCCACAACGCCACAAACAACAGGAGACUGUAAAAAUCUUCGUGGAGAUUGCGACGAUCUUGCCAAGCAAGGUAUAUUUGUUGAAAAUUUGAAAAUCAGACAGUGAAAAUGAUUUUUUAGGAUGGUGUAUCAGAAAUCCAGGAUGGAUGAGAGCAAAUUGCCCAAUUUCAUGCGGAAUGUGUGUUCCAAAAACCACACCAAAACCAAUUGUUGCAGUUAUCACUGAAAGACCAACCACAACCACAACCAGUCAGUUUUAACUAACAAUUUCUAAUCAACAAUAGUUUAUAUAGUUUUAUUCAACAUGGUUUUUAUGUUCUCUAAUUUACAGCCCAAAGUUCAAUCACUCAGACCCAGACUCCUUUGACACUUCCACCAGCCCCACCAGUUCCAGACAAUGAAUGCGAUGAUUUACGCGUUGAUUGUUUAGUCUUGGUGUCACAGAGGUAACAAAACCAAUAACCUCGCCAAAAACAUCAUAUUUUUAUGUUUCCUUUAGAUAUUGCAAAAUCUCACAAAACUUUAUGAAGACGUAUUGCGCAAGAAGUUGCGGUUUCUGUUAUAAACCACCACCAACCGAAAUUCCGGAUGAUCGAUCACCAAAUGUUGUCACCUCACAACCACUAGUCACACUCUCACCGUAAGUUGACAAUUUUUUUGUUUUAGUUUCUUGCACGCCGUAUCAGUUUAUGCAGAAAAAAACACUGUUAAGGGUUUCAUUUUCCGCUAGCUAAUCAAUAUUUGAUAACUUCCCACCCCUCCUUUGUUUUAUAAUCAUUUCUAUGAUAAAAUACAGUGUUGCAGAGCGAUCAUCCGUUCGCGUUCUCCGGCUCCGCCCGUUCGUCUCAUCACGCUUCCGACCACGACCACACUUCCUCCAACCACAACCUAUCCAACUACAACCACUUCAACCACAGCCGAGCCAGUUACAACAACUGUUAUUCCCACAGCAGCCACAACUACACCAAACACCAAUGCUUGUUCCGAUCGCAAACAUUUUUGCACCCACUGGAAAAGCGCUGGAUUCUGUGAAGGCAUCUUCAUGAAUUAUAUGAAAAAGAAUUGUCCGUCAUCAUGUGGAAUGUGUUGA